CCCCAUGUCAGACCAUACCCCCUGGGAACCCCCAUGUCAGACCAUACCACCUGGGAACCCCCAUGUCAGACCAUAUCCCCUGGGAACGCUCCAUGUCAGACCAUAUCCCCUGGGAACCCCCAUGUCAGACCAUACCCCCUGGGAACCCCCAUGUCAGACCAUACCCCCUGGGAACCCCCCAUGUCAGACCAUACCACCUGGGAACCCCCAUGUCAGACCAUAUCCCCUGGGAACGCUCCAUGUCAGACCAUACCCCCUGGGAACGCUCCAUGUCAGACCAUACCCCUGGGAACCCCCAUGUCAGACCAUACCCCCUGGGAACCCCCCAUGUCAGACCAUACCCCCUUGGAACCUCCCAUGUCAGACCAUACCCCUGGGAACCCUCCAUGUCAGACUAUACCACCUGGGAACCGCCCAUGUCAGACCAUACCCCCUGUGAACCCACCAUGUCAGACCAUACUCCCUGGGAACCCUCCAUGUCAGACCAUACCACCUGGGAACCCCCCAUGUCAGACCAUACCACCCUGCUUCUCCCAACCUCCAGUAGUUCCUUCCUACUCUGCCCACAUUCAAAUCCAAACGAUAAAAUACUGCUCAUCUCCCUCUCCCAUCGUAAAAAGCUGCAACUCCCCACCUCCAAUGGUAAAAUCCUACCAUACACUUCCAACGGGUCCAUCUUGCGCCACACCCACAAAAACUGUGCCCCUCUAUGCUUCCACAUUUCGGCCUGCGCCCCCCUACACCCCCCCACCUCAGGCCCAAGACUGCAGCACUCAGGACAGGAGGGUGAUAGAGUGGGAGUGUAGAGGGGAGAGAAGGAUACUUCCACCGCCACCCCCGCCACCUCCCCCAUACACCCCACGCAAAGAGGGGGUGAGCUGCACCUCAGGCCUAGGCCACCGGGCGCCCCUACUCAGGCGAGCGAGUGAGAAGGAGAAGUCUGGGAGAUCAGGGUCACCUGCGCACUGUCCCCGAGCCUGUUCUCUGAAACACAGAGCUCAAACACCCCCGGAGGUCCCUCUGAAGGGGAAGCAGGGGGACCAGGGUUCCUCGCCAACCAAGGCCGUCCCCAGACCCACCUGCCUGGGCCAGGCUCAGGCUCAGCUGGGGGCUCAGAUUGGUGCCCUCCAUAAGAUACUCUGCUCUGGGCCCAACACCCCCAACAGCCAGCACGCUUUCCCCCCCGGCCAGUACCCCUCCGGGAGCUGCUCUGGCUCUGGAGGGGGCUCCUCGGUCGGGCCCCUGACCUCCAUCCAGGCAGACACACUGAGGCAGGUGCAGGAAAUCUUGGGGGGGCUGGUGUCAGGGGCCAGGAGUAAACUGGAUCCCACCUGGGUGGCAGAGAAACUGAUGGGCCCCAACGGGCCCCUGCACGACAUCCGCAGCCUGCAGACCCAGCUGCACAGCCUGGAAGGGGUCUUGGAGACCAGUCAGAAUACCAUCAAGGUACUGCUGGACGUUAUUCAGGACCUGGAGAAGAAGGAGGCUGAGAGAGAUGGGAGACACUCCUACCGGACAGGCCAAGACAUAGAGAACUGUGGUACGUGUAGAGACUGUGCCUGCAUCAUAUACAGUGUGGAGCAUGACUUCCGACUGCAGGAGGGGGCAGUGACCCGCACGUGGAGGGUAGAGGACCCUCCAGAGGUUUCCCUCCUGCCCACUGUGACCCCUCAGCCCACCACGCCACACCGCCAGGAAACACCCCUGCCGGUGACACUGGCACGCCCUCCUCACAGCGGCAAGAAAAGCAGGAAGAAGUGCUUCUGGUUCUUGUGAACUUUAAACUUUGGAGGGAGGGUGGGAUAGGGAAGGACACAAUGAAUAAGGCCACUCCUUAAGAUUGUGAAGGACGGAGAUGGAUACAGUACUUUAUAUGCUUCCUCUAUAGACUGUGAGGGUCUGAAUGGUAGUGUGUGAAGUGUGCGGCCCUGAUGUGGAUGGAGAGAGAGAAAGAAAAUGGAAGCUCAAAACAAGUGUGAGAAUAAGCAGUAAACAAGAGGGUUUAAAAGAGAUAUAAAAGAGGUAUAAAAUAGAUAUAAAAUAUAAAUAAGAGUUAUAAAGAGAAAUCAAACAUAAAUAACAGAGGUAUAAAAGAAACAUAAAAGUAGUUAAAGGACCUAGAAGAACCGUAGUGUGUAGAUGAAUGGAAUCUGUGCUGUUCCUGGUAUUGGAACUUUAUAGAGUGAAGAGUGAAACGAACAUGCUUGUGUUGUAGUUGCACCUCAAUAAAUGCCUUUUCAGCACCUGUGGUCAGUUUUAAGUGCAGGGAGGGAGGUACUGUAAAGGCAAUUGUUGAAGUGAAAGUGUAGAAGAUGAAAAUAAAGGGUGAGGACAAAAUGAAGGUUAAGAAAGUGAGGAGGUAUAAAAGGUUAGGGCAUGGUGGGAUUAAAAAAGAGCGGAAAAGAAUGAGUGUACAGAGAGAAGAGUGGAAGGAUCCAUCCGCAUCACUAAUGGACAAAUGAUGGUUAGAACACCAGCUUUUAUACCCUGAUACGUUUCAACAAAUCAAUUAUUAUGAUGACCCUUAUUCAAAACUUUUAAUAUAAUUGAUUAUACAAAAACCACACACAUACAUACAACAAGACAGGCUGAGAAACGCACCAGGAGGAAAAGGAGGAAAAAAACAUAUUAAAGUGUACAUAAAACACAGAGUUCUACUGGUUGAAUUGCUAUAUUUCAGAUACGGAUUACU